GGUAGUUAAAAUACAUCUGGUGCAUCCUAGUCCUAUUUUUAUGUUUAUUACUUUGUGAAUUACGUUGGAUAUUGAGACAAAUGUCUGAAAAACAGGCAAGUGUGACUUCUUCCAUUGAAGAUGCCGUGAAAGAGCUUUUGUCGAUGACAAAUGCUGCUGUAAAAAAGUUGACAGAAUCUACCAAAGAGGAAAAUGGUGCCGCAGAACAACAACAAUGUGAUGAUGCAAAUUUGAUUCAAUAUCAGGCUGACAAGCGUUUACUGGAAAUGCUGUCGGAUACUCAAGAAAGUCACUCAUCAGGAGAAAGGGAAGAAGAUGAUGAGUUAUACAAGGAAGAAUCUAAUCAAAGUGUGACAAGUGAUCCUGUUAAAAAACUCGAAGAUGGAAAAAUAGUUGAUGUCACAAAUGUUUUAGAAGAAGAACCAAGGAGUGAAAUAAGCAUUUUAGAUGUAGGGGGUGGACAGCCAGACACAAUCUCCUCAAUUUCGACACCGUCUACUGAUUCGCUUGAAAAUACUCACUCAUCUUUAGAGGGGAAAAAAAUGAUGAAUAAUCAGGGGUCAAGUUCUAGCAAUUCCCAGAGUUUGGAAAUUCUGAAAUCUACCACAGGAACACUGCCUGGAGAUUCUAUCCUUUCACCUAUUUCAUUUCCUCCGGGCGACCAGAGUAGUCAUCUUGAUGAUGGAGAUUUACAACUGGAAGAUAGUGGAUUCAUUCCGAAAGCUGAUAAUGGCAAAGAGCACAAGACUUUAACUAGCAGUGUAAAAUCCAUCUCAGAUCCUUCUAGUCCACAAAAUUCUACUGGAAACAGUUCUACUGCAAGUGAAGUUUUGAAGCAGUCAACUCGGGCUCCAGAAAUUCUGAAUUCAGCACGUUUAAGACAAUCAAAUUCUCAACAAUCCAAAUUGGUGAAAACUAUAGAAGUUUCAGAUGAAACUGGUCUUUCAACGGUAAAGCAAGACGAAGAAAAAUGGAAUCAAGAUGGACAACCCAAAACUCGCUUCAUCAUAAGAAAAAGCAAUCACACUCCUUCUGAACCUAUCCCAAAGCCGACUCAACAAACAACACGUAUACCUCAUCCUGCGAAACAAAAGGUCAGGAUUCCAAAGAAAAAAUUGAGAGAAGUCAAAUCUCCUGCAUAUGUGAGUGGAAAUGGUGAAAAACAACAUGGAAUAUCUGAUGAAAGGAAACGCAUUAUUCUUCCAAGAACAACUCUUGCUCAAGGACAGGAAGUUGGCAAAGAGUCAGAUAAAGAAAACAAAGAACAUAAUAGCAGUUUAAAAAUCAUCAAAUCUGAUAAGGAUAUCGCAAAGAAGAAAUUACUCGAAGCCAAGGGACCUGGUUUGAUCAACCAUACAAAGAGAGUCGUGACGGCAAAUAUAAUAGAAGGAAAAACUAGAUCCAAACAAUCAGAAGAAAAUGGGGUUGUAUCCACUGCCAGUGCAAUUGCUGCUGCAAUGGCCUCUGCUACACCUAUGUUACAGGUGAAACACGAUCUCGAAUCUCAAGUAAAAAGACUGACAGAAAAAUUAGAUGAAUUAGAAAAACAGAAACAACAGCAAGAAACAUCUCGCCAACAAGACAGAGCCGAUGUUUUAGAGAGAAAACUCGAACAAUUAACUGCACAACGACUCCGAUCUCUUGAACAAUUGCAGGAACAACAAGCUGCAUGGCAGACUCAUUUCCUUCGGGUUAUAGGAAGCAUUCAAAAUUCACAAGACAAGCUUUCCAGUGCUGCAAUUGAGAAAAGAAAUUUCUUGCAAGCAGGUGGAAGAAAUGUGAGAUUCGAUGGUCUUCAAGAAAGCCCAAAUGUUCUUCAAACUCCAGCUCCUCGCACACAAGCACCCUUGCCUAUCGACACAAAGAAAACUGCUAAAGGGAUGUCACCUGGUAACGGUUACCUUCUGAAAAAUAUUCUCGAACAAAUGGACGUCAGCACUCCCGGUCCAAGUCCAGCUAUUCCUGAUCGGAUGAAAUCACUUCGAGAUCCACUUGCAGACUUGACGCCUGUCAGAGGUCCGACAGAGAAGCUUGGAGAAAAAUCGAUUGAUGUACGCAAAUAAAAAUAAAAGUGCAACUAGCAUUUUCACCCGAUAUGUUCGCCUUCCUUACCA